GAUUACACUAUUCUAUUCCAUAUCAAAGAGUUCACAAGACAAUUGAAACUGACCAGAAGGACAUCAACAAGAUGCAGUCGCUGGAGAGUACCCGGCGUAUGCUGCAGAUGGCAGAAGAGAGCAAGGAAGCGGGUAUCAAGACUUUGGUGCUCCUGGAUGAACAAGGAGAACAACUUGAUCGGAUUGAAGAGGGCAUGGAUCAGAUUAAUACAGACAUGAGAGAAGCAGAGAAGAAUCUCACCGGUUUGGAGAAAUGUUGUGGCAUUUGUGUCUGUCCGUGGAAGAAAUUGGGUAACUUUGAGAAGGGUGAUGACUACAAGAAAACAUGGAAGGGGAAUGAUGACGGCAAGGUCAAUUCCCAUCAGCCAAUGAGAAUGGAGGAUGAUCGUGAUGGUUGCGGUGGUAACGCGUCCAUGAUUACAAGAAUAACAAACGAUGCCCGUGAGGACGAGAUGGACGAGAACCUCACACAGGUUAGCGGCAUUGUGGGUAAUCUACGUCACAUGGCUAUCGACAUGCAGAGUGAGAUCGGAGCGCAGAACUCGCAGGUCGGACGCAUCACCAGCAAGGCUGAAUCCAAUGAAGGUAGAAUAAACAGCGCCGACAAGAGAGCGAAGAACAUCCUAAGAAACAAAUAAGAGGUCACCUGACAAAUCACAUGACUGGACAUGGGGGGUGUGACAGGGUCACCUGACUUGCCAAGGUCUGUCGUCGAUGGCAACCAUCUUGCAUGGGCUUGGAUGGGAGCGUAUGAACGCAGCAGCAAUAUCUCUUUUGCAAAAAGAGAAAUUAGAUGAAUAAAUAGAAACUUCUAGA